GGAAACGGAGAGAGACACCCCCCUCCUCCCCCGUCCACCCCCAUCCUCUCGUCAGGGAUGGAUGAUGCUAAGCACCGCCGACUGCUCUCCUAUUAACAACCAGAGAGCAACUGGGCCGGUUCCAGUGAGCAGAUGUUCCCCGGCAGGAUGACUCUGAGCCCGCCCGGACCGCCGUGCGGACCGCCGGAGGAGCUGCAGGAGCUGGCCUUCAUCGAGCGGCCGAUCCGCAGGAGUCUCAAGACCGCAGAGGAGAUCGAUCAGCUGACUGUGGAUGAAGACCUGAACGAUGUGGAGAGAGCUGUAUACCUGCUCAGUGUGGGUCAGGAGGUCCAGAGAGCUAGCGUCAUCAGCAACCUGCCAAGUCUUGUCCGUCAGAACCCAGCUGAGACUUUUCGUCGAGUUGUACCAAAAGUUCGGGAGGUCUUGAAUGGAGCCGGUGCUGAAAUCCAGCUCGCAGCAGCAACCUCAUUUUUAACCAUCCUGCAGGAUGACAUCAUUCUGAUCCACACACACACCUACUCUAUCCUGAAGACUGUGCUGCUUCACCUGAACCACAGAGAUGCAGUGGUGAGCAGUGCCUGGUUGGAGACUCUGCUGUCGGCCAUCAAUGCUCUCCCCAAAGAGACCAUCAAACAGGAGGUGCUGAACCCUCUGCUCUAUCAAAGUCAGCUGUCUCACUCCGUUCAGGCCCGUCUAGCUGCCUGUCGCAUUUUAGGAAAAGCUUCCUGCAAGUUUGAUUCUCUCAUAGUGAAAAAGGAGCUGCUGCCAUUGGCCCGUUCUUUGUGUCGAGAUGUAGAAUCAGAGGUCCGAGUCUGCAUGUGCCAUCAUCUGGAGAGCAUGGCCAGAACCAUUGGGGUGGAUGACACCAGAGCCGAGCUCCUUCCAGAGCUGCUGGAGCUUGCUGGGGAUGAGGAGAGCAGUGUUCGACUGGCUGCCUUUGACAGCAUCAUCAGCCUGAUGGAGAUGAUGGAUGGCGAUGACCGACUUCACCUGUUGGUUCCCUUGGUGAUGUCGGCAUGCGAUGCUUCGUCACAGGUGGACGAGGGUGUAAUGGUGUCACUGUCAUUCCAGUUUGGAAAACUUUGUAGUGGACUGGCAGGUUUCCUGUCAGAUGAGCAGAAGCGGCUGUUACUGCAGAAGUUUCAGGUUCUUUGUAUCACCGGACUGCCAACUGAAGAAAAUAGGAUGGAUGUUAGCGAGUCCACAUUGAUCCGGUGUAACUGCUGCUACAACCUACCGGCAAUGGUGGCAUUUGUGGACCCCUCCCACUUCCUGUCUGAUCUCUACCCACCAUUCUCAAGUCUUUGCAGUGACCCAGAGGUCAGCGUUCGCCGAAGUGUAGCAGCCAGCUUCCACCAGGUGGUGAAGCUGCUCGGGUCUAAUGUCCAUGUGAUUCACAAAGAGCUGCUGUUGCUACUCCAAGACAGUGCUCUGGAGGUUCUGGAUGCUCUGAUGAACCACCUAGAUGAAAUUCUGGAGGUGGUCCUGUCCAGAGGAGACAAUCUAAUGCUGGACAACAAGCUCCCAGAGCUGCUGUCUGCACUGCUGUCAGCUGAACAGCAGGUUGGAUCUUCUCUCCGUUGGCGGCUCCAUGAGAAGCUGUUGCAUCGCUACAGCUGCCUAUCCAGGCUGCUGCCUGGAGAACUGCUGCACCAAACCUUCUCUGCUCGGAUCUUCAUCAUUCUCACCACCAACAAAGUGUUACCGGUACAGAAAGAGGCGGCUCGGACCUUCUGCACAUUCUUGCGAUACAACCGUAAGCAGGAGCAGCGUCAGGAGAUGAUGGAGCGAUUAAUCCAAGAUCUAGCUCAAGGUCGCAGCUACUGGAACCGUCUGAGGUUCCUCGAUGUUUGUGAAAUUGCCACAGAGAUUUUCUCUAGAAAAUACUUCAACAAACACUUCCUCAUCCCAGCGCUGGAACUGGUCGAUGACCCUGUCGCCAAUGUCAGGUAUAAGCUUUGUCAGCUGUUGCCUUGGUUACGUUCGUCCCUCCGGCUGCCAGCUGACAAACUGCUGCUGCAGAAACUCGAUUUCUGUGUCCAGAAAUUUCUCUGUCGAGAGAAAGACAAAGAUGUUGUGGCCAUGAUCCGCAAGACAGUGUUGGAACUGGACAAACUGGAUCUGUCUGAGCCUGUAAGGAGCUGGUUCACGAACACCCGAACUAUGAAUACGUCGGCUCCACGUCUGUUCCUCACCUUGAUGUGUUGUGUUUGUCCACAGUUUCAUAUGAGACAUGAGUGGGACCUGCUGGACCAGAAGAAGGAGAAGGAGGAGAUGCUGCUGCUGGAGAUGGAACAGCUGGAGCGGCAGCAGAAUGAUGGAAAGCUCGGCUCUGACAAACACAUGGAAAGAAAACGAAGGGACAGUAAAACCAGUCUGUCCUCUACAAAGUCCAUGUCUGUGUCGUCGUCAACAGGAAGCUCAUCCUCCGGUAAAGAGAUGAGGAAGGCUAAACUGUCUCGGAGUCGGUCCCUCAGCAGCCAGCCAACAUCGUCUAAACCCAUGAACUCGGACAGACCUCUGAAGGCCAAAGAUCUUGGCAGUUCUUCAGGCCUCGGGAAAGCCACCAGAGAUGACUUAGUGAGGACCCACUUCACCCUGACAACCCAGUCCACCUCUUCCAUGCCGGUUCUGAUCCGAAGCAAAACCACCAGCCUCCUGGACCAGGCCAGUAUGCUGGAGCAGAGAGACCACAGAACCAGCACACUUGACCACAAGACUAGUAACAGAGACCACAGGAACAAUAUGAUGGAGCACAGAACCAGUUCCCUGGAAGAGAGAGAGCACAGAACCAGCACUCCGGAACACAGGGAUCACAGAACCAGCACCUUGGGUCAGCGCAGUAAGACGAUGGAGCGUGGCUGUGGGAUGAAGGACAGUCAGUCCAGGAAGCUGUCCGUAAACAGGAAGUCCAGCUCUUUCCAGUCAGAACGAGACUGAAGAUGAUGAUGUCAUCACUUCUACAUCCGGCCAUCAUCAGCCAAUCAGCUGCCUGAAAGCAGUUUCAGGAUGACACCCAGAAUGCAGCAUGGCAUCAACAGAAGCAGUGGACUCUGAUGCUAACCGAACCUACUGAGCACUGUGUAUUCUAACCAUCUCAUCACUUCAUUUGAUUGGUUGAGGUAACCUCACCUUCAGGUUGUUGGUGUGAUCUUAUUGGACAGUGAUCAUAGCGGGCAACCAAAGAUGAGUUUAACGCCGUCAGAUGGAAAAAUUAUUUUAAAAUAAAAAACAGAAUGAAAACCA